GAAACUUGCGAAAUCGCUCUCGUAUUAUUUACAAAAAAAUUAUUCGGUUUUCUGGAUUUAUUCAAUUUAAAUACAUUUUAAAAUGAUUGGAGUGAAUCAAUUUCCUGAAUACAAAGUCCCUGGAGCUGUGCAACAUCAGUUUAAUCCUUAUGAGAACAAUGGAGGUUCGAUCGUUGCAAUCGCUGGAGAUGAUUUUGCUGUCAUUGGAGCUGAUACUCGAUUGAGUGCUGGCUAUAACAUUUUUUCGCGUGAUCAUUCAAAAUUAUUUACAAUGACGUCGAAAGCUGUUCUUGCAAGUUGUGGAAAUUGGGGCGAUUCUGAUACACUUUCAAGUUUCCUCAAAUACAAAGUUCAGCAAUAUGCAGAUGCUCAUGAGAACAGAGAAAUCAGUCUUAAUGCUCUUGCACAGCUCAUGUCCACAAUGAUGUACGGACGACGUUUUUUCCCUUACUACGUUUCUAAUAUUCUCGCCGGAACUUACGAAGGCAAAGGAUAUGUUUACUCAUAUGAUCCCAUUGGUCAUUGUGAGCGUCACACAUAUAGAGCUGGUGGAUCUUCAGCAGCUUUAUUACAGCCCAUCUUAGACAAUCAAAUCGGAUUGAAAAACAUGGAACAAAAACCAAAUGUUCCUCUCACUGUUGAUCGUGCUGUUGAUUUAGUCACCGAUGCAUUCAUCUCAGCUGCUGAACGUGACAUUUAUACUGGUGAUGGUGUGAACAUCUCGAUUAUCACUAACAAUGGAGUUGAAAAUCGAAGAGUUCAAUUGCGAAAAGAUUAAAUUUAAUUUCUUUUUUGUACUUUUCUCGUUUUGUGAAGGAAAAUAAUUUAAAAUAAAAAUUUUCAUUCAAUAAUUAAAGAAAA